GGAAGUGACAGAAAGAGUACCUUCGUUGAGAAAGACUCCUUAAAGAACGCCCUUUGUGAGCAACUUUACCCUUUAGCUGCCACCAAAGGCGAUGAAGUUGUGUAAGUUUGUCAAGUGGCACUAACAAGCUCUCCAUUGUCUUCGUCUUCGUCGAAGCCUACCUCUGCCACUGCCUCUCCCUUCUCCCUCUGCGACUCAUGCCGUUUUCGUGUACCUAUCCCGCUUAAGAAUUUUUCAUUUGCAACACCUUCGAUAUCUCAUCUUCUUGUAAGAUUUCUACUGGUCGUCAAUUCCAACACUUCAACAGCAACAGAAACGUCAGGAAGAGGAAAAAGUUAACUGGGUUCGAAACAGCAGCGAGGAAUAUCGCCAAAUGCACUGGCGGCACAAACGCCGAAUUGGAAGAAAAGAAGCAGCCGCUGAUUUUGAUUUCGUAGGGACAGGGCAGGACGUGGGGUGAGUUGUCCCCUCAUCCUCAUCCAAUUCGGAAGAAAGCGUUGCUCUUUCGGAUAGGCAGUUCGAAGGGUAGCGUAGUUUUUUUUUUUAAAAAAGCCACGGUCACUGGGCUUCCUCUCACUUGCUGUCUCAAAAUGUAAAGUUGCGUCCUUUUAGUGAUCAAUCCUGGACAUAGCAGCAACAAUUCCUUAGCCUCAUUGUCAUCGAAGUCUCUUGCACUUGCGGUUUCACCGAGAAUGCAAGACAACGCCUGUUUCCACUGCCGCCAGCCAGGUCACUGGGUUAGAGAUUGCCCCUUGAAGACGCCCCCGGCCCAUAUGAAAUCUCAGCCCUUCGCUGCCAUUAAUGCUACUGCUGGCCGCCCCUCCUCCUUCUCAGGGGGUCCUGAUCCACCCCUCAUUCGAUGUCUCUGUGGCCGUGGAAAUUGCCUUGUACGGACUUCCAAAACGGACAAGAACCCCGGCAGAAAGUUCUACACUUGCCCAAUCACAGUAGGUAGUCAAUGUGGGUUUUUCAAGUGGUGCGACCAAGUAACAAAUGGUGAAACUAGCAUGUCUCCUCCUCCUUCGAGAGUCUUCCCUCUGUGUUCUUGUGGCGCUGGAGUCUGUCAAAGGAUUACGGUGAAGGAUGGGCCAGAUGCGGGUCGAAGCUGUUUUGUUUGCCCAAUCAAGAAGGGAUUUGGAGCUUGUCCUUUCCUCCAAUGGGAGGAUCUUCUAGAGAAAAGCAAACAUGACAUGUCUGCAAAGAGUACUUUGAGAAGCCAUCAGUUGGUCAAUGACUCUAGUAAUUUGAGUAUUGAGCACCCGGAGAGGAUGGAGUUUGAGUCGGUGGAGAUGGAAAAUCAUCAACAUUCCUCAACUUACAUGGUUGUACCUGGACUUUGUGAGAGAGAACAAGAACCCCUCACAGAGAGGGGACAACAUGAUGAAACCUCCACAGAAUGUCUUGAUCUACAAGAACCCCUCACGGAGAGGGGAAAACAUGAAGAAACCGAGUGUCUUGAUCCAUCACAUGUUAAGGUCUCUUGGAAUCUUCAAGACCUAGUCAUGCUGGAAGCUGAAUUAAGGAAUCCCAUUAUGAAGAAAGCAUUCCUAAUUUCCUGUCAAACAUCUCUUGUUGGAAUGCAUCACUGGCAGACACGGUUCCGGAGGCAGACUACUGCUUCUGGAGACACAUCUACAGGAGAUUGUACCAGUCAAAUUGCUGGUGUUCUUAUAUUGGGUUGGUGGGGCCGGCUCACUUUCCCUCCUUCUCGAUGUUUAUCAGUUCCACUACCGAAGCCUUUCUUUUGCUGUGUUUUCCCUUCUUUUGAUUCCAUCUUCAUUCCUGAAGAUAAAGAUGUGUAUAGUAAUGAAUACUUUACUGAGCUGCCUCAUAGUACUUCGCUUACUGAAUUUGACAAGCCAUCCCCGCAAAUAUCUGGUUGGGAUGCUGAGGCUUUGAGUGAUGUUUCUCGGGAGUGGUCAAACGCCAAAAGUCCUCCCCCUAUUGUUGAAGGCAGCAUAAAAGCCAACUCCAACAUGCUUGAUCAGAUAGAGUUGCAUCUCCGAAAUCUGCUUCUUACCAGUCUUGAGUCUAUGGAUCCGCUUAAACAUGAGUCCAUGGCAGUGGCAGUCGGAUCUACUUUUAAAGUUUUGGAUUGUCUAUCAGUUAAUUAUACACAUUUUCAUGAGCGUGUGAGGGAAUUCAUUGCCUGUGCAUCAUCACUUGCUGAUAUAGAACAGUCAGUGGACGAAGAACAUUCUUGGCAAGAGUUGAUCGAGCGGUGCAAUAAUGAGAAAGUUAGGUAUGAUGAUAUUUCUAGCAUCCAUGCUGAAACAGUGACCGCCUUUAUAGCCUCCAAUCAGCGCCUUAAAUCCCUUCGUAAAAGGACUUCCAGUUUGAAGGACUGGCUUGUACGAGUUGAGAAUCAGUUGUCCAGUUGUGAAGCUGAGACUAAGGAGCUAGAGGCUCGUGUGGGUGAGAUUUAUUGGGAUAUGUUGGAUUCCCAAAAGAGUUUGCAGGCUCUAUCUCGAGAAGCAGAAGAGGCAAUGAAGCUUCGUCAGCGGAGGGAACAAGAGCGAAAAGCAGCCAAGGCAGCCUUAGAAAUCGCUAGAAUAAAGCUUCGACAAUGAUUGUACAUUAGCCUUUCGGCCCUUUUUCAAUGUAGAAUAUGACAUGAUGCUUUAUGUUAUGUAAAUUAUGCCCAUUAGCAAAGUGCAAA